UAUCGUAAGUUCAUUAGAUUUAAAAUUGGAAAUAUUCUCAUCCAUACACAAUGAAAUUGUUGGUGGCUUUGCUUUAUCUAAAUUGUGGCAUAUUUCUUGCGAGUGCACAGAAUGAUGGAAGAUAUAGACCAAUCAACAGUUUCGUUACUCAGAAGCCAGUUGUAAUAAGUGAUGGACGUUAUCGACCCAGUAAUGAUGGAAGGUAUAAUCCAGCCAAUGAUGGUAAAUAUCGUCCCAGUAACGAUGGUAAGUAUGUUCAUAUAGGAGAUAAAGACAGAGGACAGUAUACGGGAGGCGGUGGAGAAUACACUGGUGGAGGUGGCGAAUAUACAGGAGGUGGAGGCGCUUAUGAUGGAGGAUUUGGAAAGUACAGCGGAGGAAGUGGACAAACUAAUGCAGGAGCAAAUACUGGAAUUGGUUCAAGAGUUGGUUUAGAGAAAUAUUCAACUACAGUGAAACCUAUUCCAAACGUGAAUGCAAUUGGUAGCAAUGGGUGGAGAAUUAUUCGAGAUGAAAGAACAGAAGACACCGACGGAUACCAUUACCUAUAUGAAACCGAAAAUGGUAUAUUAGCUGAAGAAUCGGGUCGAAUUGAGAAUUUGGCACCGAACGAGGAUGGUUUGAGAUCGAAAGGAUUUUAUCAAUACACGGGUGAUGAUGGUGUACUGUAUCGAGUUGAUUACGUUGCUGAUAAUAACGGAUUUGUCCCUCAGGGCGAUCAUAUACCCAAAACGCCACCAGCCAUUCAGAAAUUGUUGGACUACUUAGCGUCACAGUCACAGUCGUAAAGUGUUUUAUUUAAUCAUUUUGACUUGUAAUUAAAAACUAAAACUUUAAUGUUCUAAAUAAUUAAAUUCGUUUAUCUCUGUUUCUGUAUGUUGCAAUU